AUGGUUGAUGAAUUUGUUAGUGACGACUCAGACGACUUUGACGGCGACCGCGUUUUCAAGGAUCUCGACGAGGUGGUUCGACAUCUUCGGCCACCUAAAUCCAAGAACCGCGUGUACAACACGCUCCAUGGUCUGAUCUCGGCCCCGCAGAGGCUGCAAUAUCACCAGCUGGAAGAAUAUGAGAUGGAAAUUAUCUGGGAAUGGGCGGGUAACAAAGACGCCUUUUUCCAAGCUGCCGUUGAAUCCACAAACCCCCCUGAAGAUCCCGGGGAGUCCUUGCGCGGGCUGAACUCGAUCUGCUGCCUCCUAGGUCAAAUGAAGACGCAGAACCGUAUCGACAAGGUCCGCGGGAGACUACUCCAGUAUUUUCUCGCUCUUUUCGUGGAACGGCACAUUUCGGACGUCAGAGAUGUGAGGGUGGUGACCCGGUUGGUCAUAGAUUCAGGGUUGAUUGCGCCGGAGGUAACGUCCAACCUCGAGAACAACCUGCGGACGUGGCUGGCGGGCGGGCGGUGCUACAUGCAAUUCGCGAGGGCACUUGGGGGUGCCGGGGUCUUGAUCCAUCUCCCUCUCAUCGGAUCAACCAGCUGGGAAUCCCACUCCCACCUCAGGGGCACGUACGGAGCCCGGAACUAUGAACUGCUACGCCGGAUUCGGGUCCCCGAGGCAGCGGAUGAGGGACGCCUCGCCCCCAAUGUCGGGAUAGACCUGAAUGCCCACCAGUUGGUUGACCGCCUAGUCCAAGACUUAUCCCAGGAAUGUGGAGUCCAAACCCUCUUUGUUGUGGACGCAGCCGACCGUAGACAGACGAGAGGAUCGAGACUCCGACGUGGACGCCAAACGCCCUACCAGCCUCCACAGUCAGCAUCUCAGGCAGGGCGCCAGGGAUCAGGACACGCCCGACGCUCACGAGGCCACACACGGCACCCCCCUCCGAACGAUUCUCCACACACUUCCUCCCUAGGGGACGCUUCAUUAUCUGGACAGGCGCCUUUGUUCUCUGCCUACCCUCCUCUAGGCGAUGAUUACCACAGCCUAUCGAGCCCUCAGAUCUUCUCUGACGAGGGUUCUGUCGAGCGCUUCUCGUCGUCGACACCGGGGGCGUGA